UACCGAACUCUUAUCACACUACAUCUGAGUGGCUUGAAGGCUUGAACUUUGUUACCUAUCCAUACCCAUAGUCACAUACCUAUCUCCGUAGAUUCGUUAUUUAUAUAACUACCUACCGCCCACUUAGGAUCUUGUCAUCUAGCACAUUUCCAAACACAUAUUCCGUUACAAGUUAUAGAUUUUUUGAACAAAGGAAACACCGAUCCAAGAACUCGGCAGGACAGCACUCAUCAUGGCACUCACAACGUUCCACCUCUUUCCACAACUGCCACCAGAGCUCCGAGACAUGAUAUGGGAAGAAGCAAUCCGGCCGGAUGUCCCAUCAGCUCACUUCUUCACGGCCUGGAAUGGAUUUGAAAAUCGAAUGUACGAGUCCGAUUUCCAAACUUUGGCCAACUACUCAGUCGCUGGGCGAGGGCGUCAGCCCGAUAUGCCAUGUGGCCUAGCUGCCCCACGCUGCAACCGGGAACAACCUUUUACUCCUUCUUGGUUUGACAAUAACCCUUCCGUCUACAUGGAAGACAGCGGGCUCUGGACAGCCUGCUGGGGUUCUCGGCGAGCAAUGAUAAGACGUUUUGGCAACCGCAAAGUGUCUUACCGCAAAGAAACACUGGCCCAGAGAUUCCUCGGUCAAGCUCCAGAAUACAACGAUGCGCCUGCUACCGGAACCAUGGUACAAGACGGCAGAACACAAUACUUUACCGUCUGCCCUAAAACAGACCUGUUCUGCCUGCAGCCAUUUCACAAAAACGGCAAUGUACGCUGGCCGACCCUCGAGCGCGACGUGGCGAUAUUCAACAUCCGCGGGUCCCCGCGAGCACACAUCGCUCUCGAGUUCGAUCCCCACUGGACAGACGACGAGGAGCUGCGCGACGAAUCCUUCCGCCUGAGCAUUCCGCCCCUAAAAAGAUACGAAAUCGAACUCUUCGGCCAAACCCGGACGGACCUCGGCUCCGUGUUCCUGGCCGGGACCAACCAAGUCGGCAGCUGGGCCCGCGCGCUGUGGUUCAUCGACUACCGCAUCUCCCGGGACCCGAAAGCCGAGCCUUUGGAUUACAGCGACGGCACGCGCAUGGUGUUCCAAGGGAGAGGGUGCAAGUAUGUUGAGGUGAGGCCGGAUAGACAUGAUACGGGGUGGAUUAUGGGACACAAGAGACAGAGCGCGUCGAUACGCAGGUUUUUGUAUGAGUUUUAUGUUACCCUGGCUGGGGAUCGCGAUAAUUCGUGGAUCUAUCAGAAGAUUGGAGAUGCGGGGAGCAUUGAUGCCGCGGAGUUGUUUAGGAGGCCGGUUAUUGGGGUUUUGGCUUGUCUUAGGGAUUAGAGGGCUUUGGCGACGGCCUGGUUGACUCCUUUUUUGGAGUUAGGGUUAGCAGAACGGGUCGCGCUACUGGAAACUGGCUCGAGAUUUCUGAGUAGUACUUUAGGGGAUUGGGAGUUUGUAUGUUGUGGGCGUGAGCGUGUUUCUUCUGACGCAAGGGGUCUGCGUCAGGGAUAUAUCGUAGGAGAUUUACUAUCUAGUAACAUCAUAGUCAGAAGACAGCGGACAGUAUCAUAGCC